UGAACAAAGCUUGUUUUACCAUUCCUAAAUUCUCUGAAAAAUCGAAAAUUAUCACAGGAUCUUAUACCAAAGGGAGAAUAAGUCUACUUAAUAUUUAUGGAAAACUUAUGGAAUCGAAACAUCGAUGGAAAUUUUUUCCAUUCUUCUUCAGCUUUUGUAAACUCGCGGGCAUCUGCAGACCCGACAACAACAGACUGGUCCAAACGGUUCAUUUGUGUCAUCCUUUAAAAAACAUUUCAUCAGCGAUACAUGCUGCGGAAAACUUUGUAAGUAAAGAGUCCUCUCCCCUUUCAUUUUCUCAUCAAAGGGAAAGGACAUUGAUACUGAGACAUAUUCUUGGUCAUUUCUUGUGUAUUGGUCAUAGGCCAAAUACGUCCUUUAAAGGAAGUAACGUCGAAACUGAAACAAAGGCCGAUUGUUGCAGAGUGAAAGAAGUGAAUGACUCGUUGGAUGAAAUUGGGAGUGUUAGUCAGAUAAAAAUGACAAGUGUAAAUCAAAGAGACCCCUCUACCUAUCACAAAUGUGGUGAUGUCAAUCGAGAUCAAGAACUAGAAAAUCAUCAGCAUUGUGGUAAAAAUACGAGUACUUUGGAACUAUCUGGUGGAUUUUCGGAGUCACCGUCUGAACAACAAGUACACAGUCCCACCGCUCCUGCUGGUGAUGAUGUGGAAGACAGAAAUUUAUUCACAAUGGACACUGAGAGAUCUGAAUUGUCUCAAAGCUUUACAAAUAAAAAAGAAACUGAUAGAAACCGUGAUAAUAAGCCACUUGCCUUGGAUGCUCUCACUGACCAGAAGCCAGGUGCAAAAUACAAACAAAGAAAGGGAGACAAAAGAAAGGGAAAAGAGCAACUGAAUGCAUUAUCAGACGUUGGCAAUGCAGAUGCUGCUGGUGCAUGUGUGAACAGACACAAUGUAUCCUUGUCCCAAAGAAACAAAAGGCCUAAAAGGAUACAACCAAACUUUUUCUUGGCUGUGCGCAUUCAUAAUCCUCAGAUACAUGCUGGUAUCAAGGUUAUUCAAGACUCGAUUGCCACACACAGUAAGGAACUGAAGCCAGCCUUUGUCUCCUUGGCAACAUUGCAUGUUACCCUCAUGGUCAUGCACCUAGAGGAUGCUGAAGAAAUUCAGAAAGCAGGAAAAGUAUUGCAUCAGUGCAAGACAUCUUUGGAAUCCAUCCUGGCCAAAAGUGAUGUGAUGAUAAGAUUCUCUGGUCUUGGCCACUUUGGACAUAGAGUUCUCUAUGCAAAACUUGAGGAAGAGGGAAGUGACUUUUUGAAAUCAGUUGAGGAAAUUGUGCGUGAAAUAUUUACAAAAGAAGGCAUCCCUUCAACUGAUUCUCGAGAGUACAAUCCUCAUAUGACUGUCAUGAAGUUAAUAGGCCAUAACCAACAGUUGAGGAGGAGUGGGGUCAAGAAAAUCCCUGAGGAGAGCUAUGCAAGCUGGGUCGACUUCAAUUUUGGGGAAGAGCCAGUGACAGCUUUGCACUUAUGUGCAAUGGGUGAGAAAGAUACAGAUGGGUUUUAUAAGUGUAUGGCAACAAUGACAUUUGCUGAUUCAGAUGAAACCUCUUCCAGUUGAACAGAAAAGGCAAGGACAAAGUCAGUAACAUGAAAGGGAAGUCAAAGAAACACAUCACAAUAAUCUUGGCCACGGUUUGAACUAAGAUCUCACCAUCCAGAGAACAGUGUUCUGGCCAUUAGGCCACAAUGUCUGCCAUAGAGCACAUUAGGAUAGUUUAAAAUCAAUAGGAUUCCAUCAGUAUUGCAAAAAUUCAUUUUCUUAAUUAUAAGUCCUCGUAAUUUUAUCUUUACUCUCAAUGAUGUGCCUAUUUAAAUUACACUAUUUUAAGACUGGGCAGGUACAAGACAAUUUAAUAUACAGUAAAGAGCUCACAUUAAAUAGUUUAUUUUUUCCUAUGUGUAUAAUGAACUGAUUCUCUUUUAUAAAAUUUCAUCACUGAACCAACAAAUGCAGAAGAGGAAAAGAAAGAUUAUCACAACUCUAGGUCUUAGACUGAACUAAUUUUAUUCAGUCACUUAAGGUCAUUCCUCUGAAAUAGAACCUGCAAAACAUUGCCUUUUGGUUGUUUGUCUCAUGAGAAUGUAAAUUUUGAAAUAAGAAAGGUGGGGGGAGGGGUGAGUAAGCGGCAAAAUAUACACCUUGUACUCCUUGUAGUUACCCAUAGAGUUCCUUUAAUAUUAUUAGAAUUAUAUUUUUGAGUAUCUGCUAAAUGUGCACUUCCAAAAAUUGUUCCUUUACCUACAAUGAGAAUUGUUUUACAUUUAUUUCCUCUUAAUUAUUGAAAGCCUAGCCCAGUUGCAUUCUGAUAAUCCUAUCAUAUUCUAUGCAUAGAAAUUAUAAGUUGUACUUUCAACUGGAAAAAAAAAUUAUUCAUACUAUCAUUUAGUUUCCCAUGAAAUGAAACCUGGGACAUUAAUUUCAAAAUUUAAAGACCAUCAAUCUUUUUUUUUGUAUUUUUUACAAAUUCCUUUGACACCCUUAAAACUAUCUUAAGCAAUUCAAUUGCAUGAAAAAUUUUUCCUUCACGAUAUUUCAUGUAAACAAUCAUGGGAGUAUCCACUGAUAAAAAUUACAGGGGUAUUUGUUGUACCUCAAAAGGGGGUGAAAUUUGUAGAUUAGUGUCAUGUAAGGUAUCAAUUCUUGAACAACUACUAUAGAGAUUUUUGUUGAUUUUUCAGUCCUUUUACCCCUCAGUGUGACCAGCAUCUAAUUUCUCCUUACAAUAAUGUUACUAAAUCAUUCAGAUCAUGAGAAUAAAGGAAAUGAUCGCAAACCAUAGAAGCUUUAAUUGUUCAAUUAAUUCUUCUUGUCAUUACCAAAGGUAAUGUGUAGAGAAGAGUAAAGAGAUUUAGGAUUCUGAUGUUAGAGUGUAAAAGUUUACAGGCCUUAGAGGUUGUCAGUCUAAAAUAAAUUA